GAUGCUGUGGACGUUAUAAGCGACCAUUACAGACUAAUUUUCCAAUAAAAAUAAAUAAUACACAGUAAGGAAUGGUCAAAAUAGCACUCCUAUUAAGCCACUUCCUUCGUACUACGGCGGCCAUAUUUGUGAAGUGACGUUGCUGAUCGGUCGUUCUAAAUUCGAUUGUCGCGCGUGAAAAUUCUCCCCCGAUCGAUUUUCAAGUGAUUUUGUGAAAUGUGAACUAUAAAGUACCUUUAUCAAGUGUUGAAUGAAAAAACUAGUAUUUAUGUUAAAACUGUUACGGAUUAUAUAUUGCUAUAAAACUAAAAUAGUGGAGCCUUUUGUGAAAAGAACGAUGAAAGUUUUCAAAAAGAAAAUGCGAUUCUCUAUAGUUCGUUAAACUGUAAUUUAGUACAUUCUGUGUAUAAGUAUAGUUAAAUUAAGUUUUGUAUAUUAGCAUCGAAGUUGGAGGCCGGGGGAAAAGAUUUUUCAAAAUGUAUCCACAAGGGAGUAGAAACUGCCUGGUGGCGGCGGCACUAAUUUUAUGUGUUCCAGUAAUCAACAGCCAGACAACUGUAGCAGACAUACAAACUACUAUAUUCGACGAAACUAUAUAUAAUUUAGAAACUACUACAGAAUUCACAGAAGAUGCAAUAAUAAAAGAAAAUCCUCUAAAUCAAUAUAUUGUCAGGCAAUCACGAAGUCAAAGCAGAGAACAUGUAGUUAAGGUAGCAUUAGAAAAGACGAUCAGGUUACAUCACAAGAAUCAGUUAACACUAAAACAGUCAAUAUUGAUGCAAAAAUACCAGAAACCGCUUCUAAACUUGUUUUAGCUCCAGAAGUCAAUCCAUUAAAUAUAAACAAGAUAGCAAAUACCGUUGUUAGACAACCGACAAAACACAUGGUAAAAGAAUUAAACGAAGAGGAUAUAGAAAAAUUAAAGAAAGUUAUAAAGAAAUCGGAACAAAAAAUGCAUGUGAAAUAUAAUGAAGCGACUGGUGAAUUAAUCGAUGGGCCUCAUCCGUGUCAAAGAGAGUGUAAAGAAGGAGAGGAGCCGAUGAUCUGUUACUACAUGUUUCAUCUAGAAUGGUACCAGACAAUGAGUAAGGCUUGCUAUGAUUGUCCUUAUAACGAAACGGAUUGUGAGAGACCCGAUUGCAUUCCGGCAGACGGGAUGAACAGAGCCCUCAACGUUGUUAAUAGGAAGAUGCCUGGACCCGCUAUUGAGGUAUGCCAACACGACAGAGUAAUAGUGGACGUGGAGAACGACCUGAUGACGGAAGGCACAACGGUUCAUUGGCAUGGGCAGCAUCAACGCGGCACUCCUUAUAUGGACGGAACACCUUACAUCACUCAAUGUCCUAUUCUACCUGACAGUACCUUCAGGUACCAAUUCAACGCGUCGCACGAUGGUACCCACUUCUGGCACUCCCAUUCCGGCAUGCAGCGGGCGGAUGGCGCCGCGGGAGCUUUCAUCAUCAGAAAACCGAAGUCCCAGGAUCCGCACGGCGCGCUGUAUGAUUAUGAUAGAUCAGAGCACGUCAUGAUAGUAACGGAUUGGAUUCACAAGCUCAGUGUGUCCAUGUUCACGGAUCACCACCACUCUAAGGGGGACAAUAAGCCCCCUACUCUUCUCAUCAAUGGCGUCGGGCGUUUCAAGGUCUUCAACGAGACUGUCAAGCCUUUUUAUAUGAAGGCAGCGCGAUUUAAUGUGGAGCAGGGCUACAAGUACCGUUUCCGUGUGAUCAACGCAGAGUUCCUCAACUGUCCUAUCGAGAUGUCUUUCGACGGACACAACAUCACUGUCAUCGCUUCUGAUGGAUACGACCUGGAACCUAUCACUGCGACAUCGCUAGUGACGUACGCAGGAGAGCGUUACGACUUCAUCCUGGAAGCCAACAACGAGAUCGACAACUACUGGAUACGCUUCCGAGGCCUCAUGGACUGCGACGAAGUGUUCACAAAAGCGAAGCAGGUGGCAGUUCUACACUACGAGGGAGCGAUGGAGUCGGAGCCCCCAGGAGACCCCACCUGGAAAGAGCUGCAUAACGAGGGAUUGCAACUGAACGCCUUGAAUAAAGGAGAAGAAGAGAAUGAGACCAUCAGCGUGGCAGAGAUGAGGAGUCUUGCCGGCUACGACGAGAGCCUCAAGGAAAUUCCCGACUACCAGUUCUAUCUGGCUUAUGACUUCUACGCGAAGAACAACUCGCACUUUCACAAGUCGCCGUACUAUGGGUAUUAUCAAGUGCCGAACAAGUCCAAUCGCCUCUACACGCCCCAGCUGAACCACAUCAGCAUGAAGAUGCCCUCCAGCCCCCUCCUCAUCGACCGGCCAGCUCCCGACCACUUCUGCAACAUGUCCAGCAUCGACGCUGAAUGCAAGGAGGGCUACUGCGAGUGCCCCCACGUCCUCUCCGUCAGACUCAACUCCGUCGUUGAAAUCGUCAUACUUGAUGAAGGAAUCACCUUCGACGCCAACCAUCCUUUCCAUUUACACGGACAUAGCUUUAGAGUUGUAGGCUUGAGAAGAUUAGGUACCGAUACUACAAUUGAAGAAGUCAAAGCUUGGGACGAAGCAGGACUUUUAAAACGUAACCUUAAAAACGCACCAAUAAAAGAUACAGUCACUGUCCCCGAUGGAGGAUACACGGUCCUCAGAUUCAAAGCUGACAACCCAGGCUACUGGCUUUUCCAUUGUCAUAUAGAAUUCCAUGUCGAGGUAGGUAUGGCGCUAGUUUUCAAAGUAGGAGAGCAUAAAGACAUGCCUCCGGUACCGAGAAACUUCCCUAGAUGUGGAAAUUAUAUGCCUGAUAAUAUGGUCGAACACGAUACGACUGCCAAACCUAGCGCUGAUAACCAUAUAUCUAUAACGCAAUGGUGGCCAGUUAUAUAUAUGAAUGGAAAUUCGUCCACGUCAUCUACAACAACUAUAUUGAGUAGUUUAACUACGGUUUUAGUCAGUUCGGGAUUAUUUAUGAUUAAAUUUUAUCUGACCUAACUUAUUUGUAACCAGUAUUAUGUAAGGCAACAGUGCAAUGUAUACUAUUUUUAUUAAGCUUGUUAUGAUUUUUAAAACCGAAUUUGUACUUAUUGAAUUUAAGUUUUUUAGAAGCCCUAUUGAAGUGUUACUUUUUGACGGCUUCCGUUACGAUUAGAGAUGGGUAGAGGUGAGUAAAUACUGAGUAUUUACCCGUAAUUUACUCAAAGCACCGAGUAAAUACUCGUAUUUACUCAUUUGGGUGAGUAGAAACUGUUACCUAAAAAUAAUUUAAAAAAUGAGAAUUAAGUACU